GAAGGAAUGUCUUUGUCUGAAAUGAGCAUGGGAAUGCAUGAGGAGAGAAACCAUUUUAAUUCACGCUAGAGUUGAUAUGGAGGAAUUAUUGUUUCUACCUAUGUAAAUGGACAAAUGUACAGCAUCUGGAAGCCUCUUCAGAAUUGCAAACAGCUUGCUGUGCAGAGUUGAAGCUAUGGUGCUGAUCAGAGUGCUAGCAAACCUUCUGAGCUUUCUUACGCACAAAAGUCUUCUGGUCAUUGGAGGUGAUGAAUGUAACAUAAAUGAACAUCGUUCCCUUGUACUCGUGUACUCUGACGGGAUUCAAUGUGGUGGGACUUUGAUCAACCAGGAAUGGAUGCUCACCGCUGCACACUGCGACGGGAAAAAAAUGAAGUUACAGUUUGGUCUGCAUAGCAAAAAGGUACCAAACAAGGAUAAGCAGACAAGAGUCCCAAAGGAGAAGUUCUUUUGUCUUAGUAGCAAAAACAAUAAGGAAUGGGACAAGGACAUCAUGUUGAUCAGGCUGAACCGUCCUGUUAACAACAGUAAACACAUUGCGCCUCUCAGCUUGCCUUCCAAGCCUCCCAGUCAGGACACAGUUUGCAAUAUUAUGGGAUGGGGCACAAUCUCACCUACUAAAGAGACUUAUCCUGAUGUCCCUCAUUGUGCUAACAUUAACAUACUCGAUCAUGCAGUGUGUCGAGCAAUUUACCCAGGGUUGCUGGAGAAAAGCAGAGUAUUGUGUGCAGGUAUCCUGGAAGGAGGCAAAGAUACAUGUGGGGGUGACUCUGGGGGACCCCUCAUCUGUAAUGGAGAAAUCCAGGGCCUUUUAUCUGUGGGGGGCGAUCCUUGUGCCCAACCUCAUGUGCCUUCCCUCUACAUCAAGGUCUUUGAUUAUACUGAGUGGAUCCAGAGCAUUAUUACAGGAAAUACAGCUGCAACUUGCCCCCCAUGAAAACUUUUGAAAAAGUUAAGAGAAAAUGUAACAUAUUAGUACAUCUCUUCUAUAUCCCUAACCAUAUCCGACUGCAUUGGAAUAUAUUCCCAGGCAGUAAGCUUUUUUUAAGACUCAAAUAGGACUUUCUUUGGAGUAAGAAAUGCUCAAAAUAGUGCUGCAGGGAUCAUGUCCCAUUUAACAGUAUAAAACAAUCUCAGUAAAAUGAGGCCUACUUUUAGGGUGAGGUGCAAUAAAUGGUCCAUUCCAAAUAUUUUAACCUCUGAAUAUCUUUCCAUUUCUGUCCACUUCUGGGAUAGUGGGGUCCUUGAUGCUCUCUGAGCUUGUCUUCUUGCAGAUGUUUCAUUACCCAGCUAGGUAACAUCAUCAGUGCUAGAAUAUUCUCUUCUAUUAAUACUUCUGUGGCAUUUACAAUACGCUCAUAUGGAGUCAUGCAGUCACCCCAUAAACAUAUCCAUAUACCCGGGUCCCACUGUUGCCUAAAAAGGAUCCCAGAUUAAGCCCCACUUCCCAAUCACUAAAUAGAAUCUUUUGAGAAUCAUGUUUUCAUGUAAAUUCUCAGGUAUCCACAGCAAUAAAAUCAUAUAAAUAGUCA